UGUUUUUGUUUUGUUUUUCUACCCAAAGCCGAUUCAAUUUUGAGAAACUUAUUAUAAUUUUAUAAUAAUCUCCAUGUCUUUAGAAAGCGCAACGACCUUUCUGCUAAAGAUUGACUCUCUACGGUGCCAAGUUAUAGAUCACGAAAGUGUGUCUUGUAAUGGUACGAUUUAUAAAUUGGAAGAGAAGAAACUUGAUUAUCUUGACGAACAAUUUUGGAUUUAUUUGUCAAUUUAUGCAGGACUUGUUAUAAUUGCAGGUUUGAUGUCUGGAUUAACAAUGGGGUUAUUGUCACUGGAUAUGAUGACACUGAGAAUAUUAAAGGAGAGUGGAACUAAAAUGGAAAAAAAAUAUGCAUCAAGAAUUAUACCAUUAGUGAGCCGUCAUCAUUUAUUACUGGUAACCUUGUUGCUGGCUAAUGCAGGGUGUGUUGAGGCCAUGCCGAUAUUUCUAGACCGUAUAUCCGAUCCAAUAAUUGCAAUAUGUGUUUCGGUAUCAGCUGUGCUAAUAUUUGGAGAGGUUAUACCACAAGCUAUAUGUACACGGUUUGGCCUUGCAAUAGGUGCUACACUAUCACCAUUAGUUUAUUUCUUGAUGGGUUUGUUUUUCAUCAUCUCCUGGCCAUUGGCGAAAUUGUUAGAUUGUAUAUUAGGAAAAGAUCAUGAAACAUUUUAUAGACGUGGUCAGCUCAAAGCUUUAGUAGAUCUGCAUGGUAAUGGUGAGGAGACACAGGGUGUGGAUCCUCUUUCUGUUGAUGAAGUUUUAAUUAUAAAGGGUGCUUUAGAUAUGAAGUACAAGACUGCCAUUGAUGCUAUGCUUCCACAGAAGAAAAUAUUUAUGCUAGAUGUAAAUGCUAAAAUGGAUCACAAAACAAUGACGGAAAUUUUGGAGAAGGGCCAUUCUCGUAUACCUGUAUAUGAUGGUAAUGAUAGUAAUAUAAUAGGUUUAUUGAUGACAAAAACAUUAAUUAAACUAGAUCCUGAUGAUUGUGUACCAGUAAGAACUCUAGUAGAUAGUCCAGUACAUGCUAGAGAUGUUAUAUUUAUUAAACCAAAUUUACCACUCUUUGAUCUGCUGAAUCUUUUUCAAACUGGAAAAGGUCAUCUAGCUAUAAUUAAAGGUAUAAAGAAAGAUGUGAUAGAAUCUAGUAUACAACAAACAGAUGACGAUACAUCACCUUUAUUAAGAAGUGAAGUAAUCGAUGCAGCAUUAGACACAGAAGAUCAAAUCUUAGGAAUUAUAACACUAGAAGACGUUUUAGAAGAACUACUACAAGAAGAGAUAGAAGAUGAAAAAGACGUGGUUUUGGAAAUGCAACGGAGAUUAAAUCUGUCUAAAUCAAGAUUACCAAGACAGUCGAGUCGGCAACAAACAUCAACAUCGGGCGAAUCAAACAUUCUUCUAGAUACAUCUACAAAUAAUCGGCCAUCAUCAUCAGAUACUAAUUUAUUAGUACCAUGAAACCAUUUUAGUUAUCAAAAUGACACAAAACUCAUAGUUCUUGUGUAUUUGACUCAUGAGUUAAUAUUAUCAUAUGUACAGCCUAUAUAUGACAGUAAAGGAAGAAAAAUCAUGAUUUUUUUUGUAAUUUAGAUCUUUAAGCGAUGUUUACAUUGAAUCAUUUUGUUAUUGUUAUACUGUAUUUAUCAUCUAUUCUAUAUAAGUAAUGUAAAUGUUAUUUAUCAGACAGGAUGUAUGUCAAAAAGGUAACUCUGUAGUUUCAGUCAACCAGAACCUCCUAGUCUUCAUCGAAUGGAGGGCCAUGCAUAACCAAUAGUUUUUUUUUUAUGUGGUUGAUUAUCCAGUAAAUUAAAAUCAUAGAUAUGCUUCAUGAAGAGAGAAAUUUUACAAUACAAUAAUUAAGAGUGUUGCAUAUUGAACUGGCAAUGCAAAUAGAUUUGUCUGAAUGAUAGAGACUAGUAACUCUGUGCAGUAUCUAAUGCAUUUAUAAAGCUGUCAUUUGGGUAGAUGGCCUGGGAUGAUAUUAAACUGUUUUGAUCUAAUACUAUUCCACAUUUCAGAUCCAGUGAAACUUACUGAAAUAUAUUUUGUGUGACUAAGCCAAUGAAAUGCCUUGAAUCCCAAAAUAUCACCAUAACAACCUGGAUAGUUCCUGUUAGACUAUAGUCUCUGUACUGUAGGCGUAUUUGAAUACUAAAAACGAUGAAAAGAAAUAUCGAUCAGACUUUUUUCACCAUACACAAACUUUGAUGAAGUUUAUCAAAUUUCAGUACUCAACUUGAUUGUCGUCUCCUUUGACCCUAAUCCACCCCUUAAUAGUAUUCUUCCAGUGUGUAGAGUUAUAUUUUUCCAGGGUAUUCUAAAUUAAAAUGCAUCAAGCUCUGAUUAAUUUCUUGGAUAUCUUGGACCAACUAUCAACAAGGGUUGCAAAAAUUUUGAAAAAGGACAAUAAGCAACAUUUGAAUUUCUGUGAAUAAGGGUCAUUUUAUAGAAUAUGUGUGAUGCAGUCAUUAGUGAUAACCAAUCAAAUUAAUCAAUAUUUAAUAGUUCAAAACUUGUAGCCACAUUUUAUUGUAGAUAAUGAAAGAUGUCUGUUGUUAUAUACAAUCUGUCAAAAAAGUAGAGCUUUUUUCCGCUUGGAAGAUUUUCUACCGGUUGGGAAGUGUUUUUUUAUUUCCAACAUUCAUAAUCACAUAAUCUUGUGUUGAGACAAAAUAUAUAAAUAGUUUGUUAUGUAUCAUUUUUAUAAUAAUAUAAUUCUUUGUUAAUAUUUUAUUGUGAUAAUGUUAUUAUGUCUAUGUGUCAGUAAGAUAUUUUUAACUGCAGUGCCAAAAUUUAUGAGGGCCUUUUGCUAUUUUCUCUAGCUAGUGUGUACGGACUACUAUAAACAUGAUACUACAGUAUGUUUCGGUCCAAUUGAAAUUAUACUAUCAUUACAUUCCAUUUUACUUUUUGGUUGUUAACUCCACUUUAUCUUGGUCGAAAGUCAUUUCUUUAUUAGAGGAUGUGUUCAAUAAUGCACAGAUCCAGUGUGGCUGAAGUAAACCAUAAUUGAGCUUUGAUAUUGAUCUAUGCAAAUGGUGAACUCUUUUUUUUUAUGCACAUUCAUUUAACAUCAGUUUAAGUAAAUAUGGGGGUUGGAUGGCUGAAUGGUUAGCGUGCGCGCGCUGUAUCAUAAAGUCUGUCAUUGAGUGAACUGGCGUGGUUUCGAAUCCCCGGUUGUAUGUGGCAAGGAGUAGGGUCGCCUGUCCAACCUCGUUGGUUUUCUCCGGGGCCUCCGGUUUCCUCCCACUGCUAAAGACCCCUACGCACAAGCGAAUUAUGUAAAUAAAAUUAAACCAUACGUUAGUCCCGAAAUGACCUAGUUUGUGUCCAGUGGACGUUAAACCCCAUUUCUCUCUCUCUCUCUUUAAGUAAAUGUUCUGAAAGAGAGUGAAAAUUUGAAAGCUUAAAACACUAAGAUGAAAGAGGUUAAAAAACUUGAAUCUUUUUACACAAGACAUCUUUGUGAAUGUCUUGUAUUUUAAAAAGUUGUAGUUGUGUCCUCAGGAGUCACAGUGAAAUGUCACAACUUAAUGCAGCAUCUUUUCUUCAUGGAAUGUAGUGUAGAUACAGAUACAGGCUGCACUAGUGAUGUGGAGUUUUAGCAAAAGGUUUCAAAAAUAGACAAGCUGUAAGAAUGUGGUACAAGUUUUAUAGAUAAUAUUCUAUAUCCACUGUCUGUUUAUAACUCUCAUCUGGUAUUUGUUUCUAUGUACAUUUGUUAUAUCUAUUUAUAUAUUCUGUGUUUUUGACCGUAUCCAGUCUUUGUAAAUUACAUUUGUAAUUUUGAAAUUACAUUCAAUCAUUUCAGAAGUAUUACUUUAAUGAAUUACCUUCAUUAAUCAGAGCCAUAUUUAAUUAAAAUCAAUUUGAGGACCUUAUGUAUAUGAUUUGAAAACAUGCUUGAAUUAAAUAUUUUUUUCUAUGA